AUGUCUUUCACACUAUCCAAAAGAUCCAUAGUUCUCUUGUUACUGGCUCGAGUCGUAGUAGGGGAUACUUUGUCCAAUAUAGUAUCCAACCACGGACUCACCGCUGGUAAUUUCGUUUUCCCGGUUCCUGGCACUACCCUCAAUAGCGAUGCCGCCAGUCAAUAUAUAGUACAAAAUUGGGACCUAUCCGCUAGUCAUUUAGAUUUUGGAGCCAAUAAUGUAGUUUUCUCGCCUGAUCCAUCCACUGCAACAUCUACCUUGGUUCGACGUGCUCGUUCUGCUACUUCGUCACCGGCCAUAUCCACAGCUAUAACUUCACCCGCAUUGACAGAUCUCGUAGGUGAACCCCCCGUGUUGAGGGUUGAAUAUCCCCAAGGAUCGUUUUCCAAGAGCACGGGCGGAACCCAGUUUUACUCUCAGCCACUUGCGGGUUCUGCUGCGGGUGUGUCGUUGGACAACACCACCAGUACUGGACAGUAUGAGCGAAUGUUGGUGGCGUAUGAUAUUUGGUUUCCCCAAGGAUACGCAUGGAACAUGGGAGGCAAAUUACCCGGUCUAAGAGCAGGUCCAGAAAGUGCAGGUUGUUCCGGCGGGUCAGAGACCAACGGUACAGAAUGUUUUUCUACUCGUAUCAUGUGGCGGGCCAAUGGAGCUGGCGAGGUUUACGCAUACGUACCUACCGACCAAAAGAAUUUUUGUAGUCAAUCCAACGUUAUUUGUAAUAGUGAUUUUGGUACUUCUUUUGGAAGAGGGACUUUCACAUUUGUCACUGGGGCGUGGCAGAGCAUAUGGUUGAUGGUUAUUUUGAAUGAAGUGGGAGUUUCCAAUGGUGUUGUCGAAUUAUGGUACAACGGUGUUCCAGCAUUAUCAUUCACUUCUUUAGAACUCCGAUCAGCAUCUUCAAUCUCUUCUAUCGGUGGUGUUUUCUUUUCGACAUUUUUCGGUGGUGAUGAUUCUUCUUGGGCGUCACCAACAGAUCAAUAUGUGUAUUAUAGAAACUUACAAUUAUUCGCAGGAUACGGAGCUUCGAACGGAACUGCAACAAACGUUUCUUCAAGUUCUCAUACUUUAUCUUUUCCUCCUUUCACUUUGGUGGUAUUUGGGAUGAUUUCCGUUUUGGGGUUAUUCUUAUUUUAA